AUGUCCAUUCUCUACUCGUGUACGCACCUCGACCCCCCCUCGCAACCUCUACCCCCAUCAUACCCAUCAUCGCACCCUUCUUUCUCGCCCUUGGAAAAGCUCUAUUUCUGCGAAGAAUGCGACGCUAUCCGCUGCGACCUCUGCGUCGGUGUCGAGGUGGCUAGUUUCUUUUGUCCGAAUUGCUUGUUUGAUGUCCCGGGGGCGAACGUCAGGGGCGACAAGAACAGGCAAGUAUGCGCGAGGUCGUGCUUCUCAUGCCCGCAAUGUACUUCAAGUCUGGCUAUCCAAGCUUCUGACCUUGCGCCUGGACAAGAGGUGGCAGAAGGCGCGAACGCUGCGGCAGGUGCACCUUAUUUGCUGGUAUGUCCUGGCUGCAAAUGGAGUAGCAAAGAGGUCGGCUGGGAGUUUGAGAAGCCUACUGGUAUCGCCCUGCAACUUCAAAAGAUCCAUACACAAACAGAAAAAGUUCAAUCAGAAUUUGACUCUAUCAAAGACCAUCUCGAAUCAUACAUCACCACCUCCAACCCGCCUACACCCCAGCGCACCCGCGUACCCUCGCGCCACAUCUCUCACCUCACGCAGAUGGCUGCUAAAGCGCUGCAUCGGCCAGUUCCGGGGAUGGCUGGUAAGAAGCGCGCUGGCCCCGGUCUGGGAGGGGAAGAGAAGGGGAAAGAGAAGGUGGGGUGGGAUGAGUUGGGCGAGUAUAAAGCGAAGGGUAGUUGGAGGGAUUUGGGUCUGGAAAAGGGGCUCGAGGCGGGAGAGUUUAUGGCUGGGCUGGAACAUGGUGGGUGGGAAGGAGUGGCCGAGCUGGAGAAGCGAUGGGACAAGAGUUGGGAGAGUGACCGUAUGGCCAAAGCUACUCUCCCUCAGCGAAUCCCUCUCAAGACCAAACUCACCAAGCGAUGUCCCGACCCCAACUGCCGCCAUCUCCUCAUCCAGCCUGACACUAAAGGCAUCCGGAUGAAGAUCAAGAUGGUCGCUGCCAACUACCUCCCCGUCAUUGAAAUUGGUCGGCGCCGCCGCCGGGUGCAGAGCGGGGACCUGGAAGAGCCUAGUGGGUCGACACUGUCGGCUUCGGGCGAAGAUGCCGAGAGGAGGCGAAAAGAGAGGAGACGUCGGACUAUCCUGCCAAAUGGGAUGAAGGAAGAAGAGGAACCUCUCUCUUCCCCUCUCCGUCCCUCUCAGACGUAUACUUUCCAACUGGCCCUCACAAACCCGCUCUACGACCCCAUCCAAAUCCGGCUCACCCAGCCUGCAUUCCCCCGCCACGCGCCCACGCCGAAUCAUCAGAUGAGCGUGCUGACCCCGCACUUUACGAUCAAUGCGCUGAAGGAUGCGUGGGCGUAUGAUGAAGAUGAGGUGGAUGAGGAGGCGGAUGGGAGUGAGGAUGCUAUGAGUUUUACGACGGGGACUGGGACUGGAACUGGGACGGGUACGCAUAGUACCCUGGGGAAGAAAAGGAUGAGCGUACUCGGGGCAAGUAUGAGGGACAAGAGGCAUAAUAAGGAGCUGGGCGUGGAGAAGAAGGGCAACAUCUCGAAGGUUACUGUUGAGGUGGAGACGUUGGCAGAGGCAGAUGGCCCGGUAGAGUUUGAUCUUGAAGUGAGGUAUACAUAUCGAGCGGAGGGAGAGGGUACUCCCAUAGAGAAUGAAGGCGGCAGGAGGGAGGAGAGGAUCAAGGAGGAGUACAAGACGUUCACCUUUUGGGUGAGGGUCCAUGUUGGAGAUGUCGAAGUGUAG